UACAAAAUCAGCAAGAUUGUAUUCUCUCUUAAAUUAUCAACUUUAUCUAUCAACAAAUCUAACCAAAGAUUUCUUGGACCGACCAUCUCAUCAUCAUCCCUCUCUCUCCAUUUCCUACAACUUAUAUCCUUUUGUGUAAAACCCAGUGAAGAACUUGUAUAAAGAAAUAGAUCAUAAGGGAUAUGAGACUCAGAGAAAUGGCUUUUUUUGGUCUUUGAGUUCCAGAUUGGACUCGAAAGCCUCAGAGAAAAUUAGAGAACAGAAGCUGCUCUGUUGAGUCUUGAUUAUCAUACAUAGCAUGAAGAAACUUGAAUCUCUACUCUCAAUCUCUUUCGUAGUCCGAUUCGAACACAAACUGGAACAAUAAGAAGUAGGCGAAGAACCUUGAAGGUGAGUUCAUAAAGAUAAUUCUGCCUCUGUUUCUCAACUUUUACAGAUGGGCAGGUUUUUACUUGAGACGCAAGAAACCCCAACCAUUUCAGCUACGGAUGCAAAUCCUAGAACCUUAGGAGACUCUAUCAGCAACAACAAGAAUAUAGCUAACAUGGAUACAAACAUGGUGAUCAUACUAGCAGCUCUUCUAUGCGCCUUGAUCUGUUCUCUUGGCCUCAAUUCGGUCUUGCGCUAUGUCUUACGCUGUACAAGAAGGUUCACACCCAACGAAGAACUAGUUGACACCAACGCAAACGCAAACGCAAACACAGCAAAGGGGAUCAAGAAACGGGCGUUGAAGCUGAUUCCCGUUGAUUCAUACAGCCCUGAGUUAAAGAUGAAAGCAACGGAGUGUUUGAUCUGUUUAGGAGAGUUCCUUGAAGGAGAGACAGUUAGGGUUUUGCCCAAAUGUAACCACGGCUUCCACGUCAAGUGCAUCGACACUUGGUUGCUGUCGCAUUCCUCUUGCCCCACUUGCAGACAAUCACUCCUCGAACUUCAGACUCCGGCAACUGGUUCCCCCGCGUGAUGGUGACAUGGCAAUGUAAACACAGCUUCACGAGGAUGAUAAGGAAAUAAUUUCUCUAGAUAUCACGUCACUUUCAUGUUGAGUUUUGGUUUUAGUUAAAGUGGGUUUUCUUCUUUAGUUCUUUAUGUAUAUUGUAAAUUCACACUGUCUACAAUUAGGGAAGGUUCAGGCAGAAUUUACAUAUAUAAUCUUCUAAGUUUUGGCUUAUUACUCGAUUUGUGAUUUUGGUUUUGAGAUUUUUGUCCCGAUUGGCCUCAGUCGGUUUUUUGUUUCA